AUGAUCGGCCGCAGCAACAAGCAGUACGCGGCGCUGCCGACCGAUGACGUACAGGGCGAUGACGCUCCGGCCCCCAGAUCUUCGGUGGAGUCCACCGUCUCGCAACAGACCUUACCAUACCCGGUAGUCAGUGAGAAGCCAAAGCCAACCUCACUUCCAACCUUCGUCUAUGUCGCAAUAUGGAUCAUUCUGAGCUCGAGCAUCAUCCUCUUUAAUAAGUGGAUAUUGCAUUCACUCAAAUUCCCUUUCCCUCUCUUCUUAACCACUUGGCACAUGGUCUUCGCAUCCAUCAUGACGCAGAUCUUAGCCCACGCCACGAGAAUACUGGACUCUCGGCACAAGGUGUCUAUGAACCGCACUUUCUACCUCAAGACCAUCGUCCCCAUCGCCAUCGUCUACUCCGUCUCCCUCAUCUGCGGCAACAUGGCCUACCUAUUCCUCAGUGUCUCCUUCAUCCAAAUGAUGAAGUCCACCAACGCCGCCGCCACCCUCCUCGCAACCUGGGCCUUCCGCCUCGCGCCCCCGAACCUGCGCCAACUCGCCAACGUCUCCGUCAUCGUCUUCGGCGUCACCCUCGCGACCUUCGGCGCCGCCGACUUCUCCAUGUUCGGCUUCACGCUGCAAGCCUGCUCCAUCAUCUUCGAAGCAACACGGCUCGUCCUCGUGCAGCGCCUACUCAACUCCGCAGACCAAAAAAUGGACCCGCUCGUCUCACUCUACUACUUCGCGCCGGCGUGCGCCGUGCUGAACGGCUUGACGACGCUGCUCGUCGAGGCGCCGACGAUGCGGUGGGGGGAGGAUUUCGCGCACCUGGGCGCGCUGACGCUGCUGGCGAACGGCGCGGUGGCGUUUGCGCUGAACGUGGCGGCGGUGAUGCUGAUCGGGCAGACGUCGGCGGUGGUGUUGACGCUGUGCGGCGUGCUGAAGGACGUAUCGCUCGUCAUGGCGUCGAUGGUGCUGUUUCGGGAUCCGGUGACGGUCACGCAGGCGGGCGGUUACUCGGUCGCGCUGGGUGGGUUGGUGUAUUACAAGCUGGGGUUGGAUAAGAUCAAGGAGGGCUGUGGGAAGCUGCGGGAUACGUGGCAGGGGUCGUGUGAGGAGCAUGGAGAAGAACUGACGGUGUCGAUGGCGGCGGCUAUGGCUACGGCGCUCGCGAUGCUGUUUUUCGGGACUUAUGUGGCUUUUCAGUUCUCUUUUUGA